CGUCGCUACAAAAGUCAUGGUGCUUUUUCAAAACCCCUCUAUAUAUACUGGAAGUCCGGCGCCGCAUACAGGCGCCUAUUUAAUUCCGAUAAUACUUUAUCAGCCGCCAAUAAAAUUACAUUUUGGGUCAUCGAAUGGUUGUGGUUCCUGAUUCCAACUAGCCUCUAUUGGGUGUCAGAAACUCGCCACACUUGAAGUAUAAACUUCCAAAUAUCACGUCCACAAUCGGCUGGGAUCUGAGCCAAGCUCGACCUAUUAUUUAACAUAGAAAUCAUGGCGUCUUUGGGUUGGUCUUAUAGAGAUAUGCCGUACGAUCCAUACUGGGGCCCGACAAGCUCCAAGGCAAAUUUCUGCGAGGAGGACUAUAUCGUGACACGAUAUGUCGCAGAACUCAUUAACACUCUCACAAACCUCACGUAUAUAUUAUACGCAAUUCAUGGGAUCUACAAGAACUGGAGCCGUAAAGAUGCCUUUCUCAGGAACAUCCCAUAUCUCGGCAUCAUGGGCGUCGGUUUCGGUAGUGCCCUGUUCCACUCCACGAACAAAUAUUACACGCAAUGGGCGGACGACCUUUCAAUGCUACUCGCUACUGCAACGGUAAUGCAUCGCGUCUACACGUACGAUGACAGGCCAAUUCACGCAGUUCUCAAAGGCCUCGGCCUCGCUGCCUUCCUAACCGCCUUUUCCCUGUGGCACUGCCUAUCCGACGAAAUAGUUGCGCACGCCGCUCUGUUCGGCGUGAUGGUCGUCCUCGUGGGACUGAAGACGCGCUCGAUCAUUAGCGACCGUGUCGCAGACCCAGAUGUGAAGAAGGAGGUGCGCAAGCUCGUUUGGUGGGGCUCAGCGAUUUUUAUCUCUGGUUAUGUCAUCUGGAAUAUUGAUAAUUUCACCUGCUCCUGGCUCACGGAGGCGAAACGGAAAAUCGGCAUGCCGCUUUCGUUCCUCCUUGAAUUACAUGGCUGGUGGCAUAUUUUUACUGGAAUUGGAGCUUAUAUCUUCAUCGCACUCGUCGAGUACCUGACAUCAGAAGAAGCAGGUGAACCGCUCGGGGGCCGCUUCGCCUGGCCCGUCGAUAUGUUCCCGAGGAAAAGAGCUCGGUCCACACCGAAUAUUACCAGGACAGGUUAUGGAACGUUAAGCGCGGCCCCUGAGAACAUGGACUAAUGUGGCCUAUGAGCCUCUAAAUGCGGGCCAGAUGGAAUGAGGACUAUAUCGCAAGAACGAAAUAAUAGAGAGGCGGCAAUAGAUUGAAGUGGGAUUAAAUUGUAAUAACGAGGUAUAGAGGACUGGGUGUAGAUACUAUGAUACCCGCAGCGCAUCACGGCUGGAUGAAUAAAGGGUUUUGAGAAUGGGCUCUAAUUAAAAAAGGCAAGAGAGAAGUGCUCCUUUUAUAGUGCGUCUUGGGCCGUUAAUAUACUUAAUGGCAUCAUAUAUAAACCCUCU